AUCCCAACGCCUAUUUCAUUGGGAAUCCAAUCGAAGCGUCAAGAAAGAGAAGAAAAAGAACUCAAAGAGGCAAAAAAUCUUGGAUUAUAUCACCAAUCUAUUAAACACAAGUGGAAAGCGUCAUCUUCCUCCAAGCUGAAAAAUCGAACCAAUCGUGAUAGGGGAAUUAAGAUGGGUAUAGGAAAAAUUAAAGGUGGCAUGUUGACGUUGAGUUCUAGUGACAUUAAAAAAGUUCAAGGUAGAAAUAAAAUAAAGAAACGCAAAUAUGGAUCAAAAAAGUGA